AUGUCAGGAAACUACAAGAGUUAGAAACAUUUGUUGAUUUACCAGUGUUUUUAACUUCCUGCUGGGCUGAAAACUGCUUGUUUUGUGGAAAAGCGAAACUUGGCAGCAAACAUCUAAAAUGAAGAGCCCCCAGACUUUUGAGGAACAAACAGAAUGCAUUGUGAACACUCUACUCAUGGACUUCUUGGGCCCAACAUUGCGGGUUGCCAACCGGAACCUAUGCUGUGUAGAUGAAGUAGAUUCAGGCGAGCCUUGCUCUUUUGACGUAGUUACCAUUGCCGGCCUUCGGAUGUUGGGUGACCAGUUCAACGCAGAAUUGGAAACUUCUGCCAAAAACAUCAUUGCAGAAACCAUUCAGGGACAGGCAGGAGCUAUACUCCAGAACACAGUGGAAUCUCUCAGCAAGACCUGGUGUGCUCAGGAUUCCAACUUAGCUUAUGAGAGAGCCUUUCUGGCAGUGUCAGCGAAACUUCUUGAGUAUACGGCUCACAUCGCUCCUGAAGUAGUGGGACAGGUGGCUAUCCCCAUGACGGGUAUGAUCAAUGGGAACCGAGCCAUCCGGGAGUUCAUCCAGGGCCAGGGAGGUUGGGAAAAUCUGGAGAGCUGAAGAGGUGGAGCUAUUCACGAGACUGAACAUCACUUCCUUGUUGACUGACUGGGUGAUUAACUCCUGGCAAUUCAAACAAACAAAUAAAAAAACACUUUUUUCAUUUUAUCAGAACUGAACUUAGCUGAAUAAGUUAUUUUUUACUGAUUGUUAAAGUUGGGAGCAGCUGCCAGAGGCCUACAGAGUUGGUUUUUGUUUUGUUUUGUUUUUUUGUCAACUUAACGCAAACCACAGAGAUUUUCUACUUUCUGUUUUCACAUGAGUUUUAAUGAGGUUCUGUUGAAGCAAAGACCUCUAGACACAAAGUAAUGACUUGUUAGUAGUGGAAUUAUAAACAACAGGGCAAGCCUUUGCUGGAGGUAUUUUGAGAGAAAGGGAGAAUAAUGGAAACUAUUCCUUCAGAUUUAGCCCUGUCCUUUGGUAAGAAUCUUGUAUACUAAUU